CAAGAAGAUGGAGUGUUUUGUGUAGUCAAGAAUGUGACUUUAUUGAUCAACUACUGCUUCUUAUGAGAUAAUUUGGUUUGGCAUUUUCAGCUGCCAUCAUGUCAUUCCAUACAUCGGAAGAUGACUUGGGGGUACUGCGAGAAAAACACCAUAGGCUAACGGUGAAGUCAGUGGCCAGAUAUGCCUUGGUUUUUAUGCUGGUGGCUGUAAUGGUGGCCUCCUUGACGACUUUUGUUGUGGGGAUUUUUACACUUGAGGCAGAGUAUGGUAGUAGGGUGGUGUCAGGUCUGUUAGGGGAGGGGAUGUACCAGGUGGACUCCCUCAUGAUGCUGUCAGCGGGAGCAGGGGCUAUACUGGUGUCUACACUUGGACUUUGUGGGGUUCUCUGUAAGAACAAGUGCAUGCUGGGACUGCACCUUGGAAUCCUAGCUUUCCUCUCAAUAACAUUACUGGUAGCAGGGGUGCUGGGUUAUAUUUUCAUAUCAGAGUUAGAAGAUACCGCCAAGAAGUCAAUGAUUGAGGCUAUCACAUAUAAAUAUGGAGUGAACACAGAAAAGAAUAAAAAACAUUCCUCCAUCACAAGUAGCUGGGACAAUGUUCAAAGAUCUUUUGAGUGCUGUGGACCAUAUGGUGAUGAGAAUAGUACCACCUCAUGGUAUGCUUAUAGAGAUUCCAGUUACUGGUACAAAGACAAGUUUUCAAAUGGGAGUCUGGUGCCUAAGAGCUGUUGUGAGCCCUCCAGUGACAUGGAGAGAUGUCAAGGACUAAUACCGUCCAACGCUCCCCCAUCCCAGCAGCCUCCUGUGUUGAACAAACCUGUCAAUUAUACUCUAUACACUACAGGAUGCUAUGACAAACUGGAAGAAUAUAUCAAGCAAAAUGGGAUAAUCAUUGGUACAGCGGCUAUUGUUACUGCUGUCUUCAUGAUAGUGGAAAUGAUUCUUGGAAUAAUUGUCCAUCGGUCCACCUGAGUAAUUGGCACCACUAUUUUCCAAGGGCAUUGUUAGUUGCUGGCAACUACAGUUGGUCGAGUCCAAGACUGUUUUAUGUACAUUCCUGUUCUUUAACUCCAUCUGUGAUAGACUUUUAAGAUUAAGUAUUAGUAUACAGCACUUGAUGUUUUAGACUUUGAAAUUACAAAAAAAUUGUAAUUUUCACAGUAACUACAUACUCUAAAGAAAUAUUUUGGAAGUUUUUAAAAUUGCUUGUGAUCAUAAUAUAUAGAUCUGUUUAAUACUUGUACCUAAAAGUGAACUCUUUUCAUAAUGGUCAUGUUGAAGUAAUGAAGCAGUAGAAAAAUUAAGAUUCUUUAAUUUUCCCAGCAGAAUAAUUUAAAUUUAUUCUGAUCACCAGCAUUCAAAACAAACAAAGUGAUACAUUCCAACAUAUAAAUCUUUAUCUUCGAUAUAUAUUUAUAUUUAUUUUUCCAGUAUUUAUAUAUUUUGAAUAUGUAUUCCAGUGUAGUUGCACCAUUAGUCAUUUGAAAUUUUUAAUUUCGUAAAAGCUAAAUAUUUUUAGGCAGAGGAAGUAUAUUGAUGCUUACAUACAAGAAUUGACUGUAAAUUGCCUUUUUCCUUCUCAAUUCAAUGAAUUUAUAUUGAUAAGAUUAUUGGAAACACACACACACACACACUAAAACAAAGAUCAAAGAAUAUACAUACAGGUACAGGUAUGAAUAAUCAUUGUCAAUUUUAAAUGAAUAUUAUGAUUGCAAGAAAGGAAAUUGUUAUACCUUUUAAAAUUGUUUCCUAUCUAAAUCUAUACUUUAAACAGUCUGACAUUCCCAAUGAUUUAAUUCAUUCUCCUAUCAAAAAAAAAAACUGGGGGGUUAAAACUCUUGAGUGUGAUGUAAGACAUGUCUGUGUUGUUUUUUAACAGAACACUCUGGCCAUUUAUAGAACUGACCAGGCUAAAUUGCAGUGCAGGUAAAAAAAAAAUUAUAUCAAUUUUUGGAAAUAUAAAAACAAGUGCAAGAUAUGUCAAAAUAAAAAUUAAAAGGUAAUUUAACAAAACAUUUAUUGACUGUGUUCUCAGGCAAAAUAUGUUUUGUGGACCCCUUGACCAAACUGUUUGCCUUCAGUCUAUAACGGCUUAAGACAAACAAACAAUUG